AUUCAAACUCAGGCUACUUGCUGGAGGACUCCUAACAAUCCUUUCACUUCUAAGCUACUUAACUCUGACCUUAGUACGAUGGAUGAGCUGGAUGAGACUCAGCUGAAGAACCAUGUGGACAGUCUGAAGCAGCAGCUACAGUAUAACAGAGAUAAAACAUCUGUCUCUCUUCCAGAAUUAACUAAAUGGAUUGAGGAGAAAAUGAAUGAGGAUCCAUUUCUGAAUCCAGAUAUACUGAAGGACAACCCGUGGGUGGAGUCAAGCAAAUGUGUUAUAAUAUAGCGCAAGAGCUGUCACUCAUCACUAUGGCAACAGGAGCGACUCCACCCAUUGUCAUGAUUACAUUGCCCGACUUUGACUAGGAUGGACAAACAUGCAAAUGUAAAUCUGCUUUGUUGUUUACACUUAUCAUGCCACGACAUUAUGAAUAGAAAGAAA